AUGCCUAACUCUAAUCGACUCACAACACCACGUGCAUCGAACGGGGUCGAGCCCGCCAAUCGACCGCAGGGAUCCACCCAAGACAACGAUAACGCCGCGCCGACUUCUGACAUUUCCGGCACCGUUCCAGCCAACAAAAAGGUCCCUACCGGCCUGCCCACCUCUACCAAGAACAAGCCGUCUCCGUCCAACGAUGGCUUUGCGCCUCCGUUCAGUACUACCGUCAUCGGAAGCUCCAACGCCCUGUCGAGCAAGGACCGCGGCAUCAGCGGCGCCAAAAAGAACCAGAGCAGCAACGUUGCCGUCUGGAGCCUCAAGAACACCAGCUCCAAGGCGCCAGAGAGUUUCGAGGCCGUCCUCUCGACUAAUGGCCCUGCGCCUGCUGAAACUGUCUUUGAUGUCGAUAAUCGGAAGAAGGUGAACGCCAGGGACUUUGGGCCCGGUGGGAAGUACAGAUCCAUCGUCAAGCUCUUCCUGGUGUACCAGGACCCAAGCACCAAGAGCCCGAGAACGCUGAUCGCGACGGGCUGGCUUAUCGCCCCCGACCUGAUUGUUACCGCGGGCCAUUGCGUCUUUGACUGGGGACACUACCUCAACCAGGUCGUGGAGAUCAAGGCGUACAUAGGGUACAACGGCCGCGCUUCCAUUGGUUCUCCCAGUGUCCAGUUCCGCAAAGGCGUCAAGGUCGCGACUACGUCGGAAGAUCUGGACAAAGGCGAACACAUGUACGAGUGUUUCAUGAAGGUCAAGUUUGACGUCGUCAAAGCCAAGUUGUUGCUUGAGUACAAGAUUGAUACCUACGGUGGGAAUUCUGGUGCGCCUGUCAUCCGAAGCAGCGACGGUGUCUCCAUCGGCGUCCACGUCAUGGGAGGCAAGAUCAACCAGGCCACUCUGAUCGGCAAGAUGGGCAACAUCUUUGCGCCCUUCAUCCAGGCCCUGGCCAUGUCGGAGAAGAAGAUGCCCAAGGGGCCACUACAGGUCUCAUGGCUGCAGAUGACGGCCCAGCCUAGCGAGGCGGGCGAUGACGAGGCGUUCGAGGCCGACCUGAGCGUCGAGGCAGUUAACUACGACGAAAGCAGCGAGGCCGAAUCCGGAGAACAGCCCGAUCCCUCGUCGGAGGCCUACCAGUUAAAGCAGAUCAUGACCCGGGGCAAAUCCUUCAGCCAGACCUUCAGCGAGCGCGUCUCCGACGUGGGGUUGCCCGCCUCUUUGGGUCUGUCCGGAAAGCUAGCUGCCAUCUAUGCCCACGCUUUCUGCCACUCCAUGCACGCUCGGAACUCCAAGACCAAACGUACCUCUACCCUGCGAGAGGGGGCCGUUGGAGAAGCCGACACGGAAGCGUCGUCCGAAUCACUGGAUCCCGGCUCUCUGGGUCGCGCAGUGCUGUGUGAGGCCGCGUUAGACACGCUCUUCUCGCUUGACAAAGCUACGAUUAAGCGGCUGAAGGUCUGGGACCUGAUGGCGAAGCACGCGAUCGGGAGCAGCCCCCGGGUUGAGGGGUUCUGGAACUACAAAAUUCAGGGCGGCACCAUCGGCGCACAGCUGGCCACCGCGGCCAUCAGCAGCGCCGCAGGGGCCCUCAUUUCAGGCGUUAGCGGCCUGGUCAAGAAGUCGUUGGACAAGGACGGUGCCAACCGGAAGCCCGGAGAGGCGGGUGAAGAGAACACUGAAGACCAGGAAGGUGGUGACCAGGAAGGUGGUGACCAGUCAGCACAAGGAGGGGAGGCCGGCAUCAACGCUGAUCCCAACGAAGGUGGGGUCCUGCCAACGACUACCACAGGUGAACCACCGAAUGGCAACGGGACCGCCACCGACAACAUGCCCAAGGUCAAGACGAGCAUGAACGCCUUCAUCCAGAAGCUACUGCAGCAGUCCGCCAAGGCCGGCUCGGCGGAUAAGCGUCUCCUAUCGCUGCUGCAAGAGUGCGCUGAGACCGAAUCGCUAGCCGAGAGCAUGCCCAAGCUUGUUGAGUCAGUAGCGCCUUCUAAGGGCGGUGAUGAUGGCCGGAAGCCCGACGAGAGCGCCGAGGCUGAUGAUGAAGCCGGGGAGGCUGACGAAGCUGAGGAGGACAUGGAAGCGGCGGCCGAGGCAGAUAAAGUACACCAAGGCCUCAAGGCGCGCCUGAUCCUGGGCGAUGCGGCACUCGAGACACUUGUGGAGCUGACGACGACGGAGUCGUUCGAGUCGGUGGCUUCAACGAACACUGAAGGCUUCUGGGGUAAACUUUGGCACGGCAUCAAGUCGGUUGGAAAGGGCGCUCUCAAGGCCAUUCCCGGCGUCAUUGUGUCGGCGGCCGGGGGUGUGCUCAUGAAGAAGAUUACUGAGGCUAGUGAGGCCGUCGAUAAUGGCAACACGGAUGCCAAUCCAGAUGGCAAGUCGGGCAGUGAUAGGAACUCGGGCGAGACGGGUGGUAAAGCCGGUAAUAAUGACGAGGCCGGCGAUGGUGAUGAGGCUGGCAAUGAUGACAAGGCCGGAGAGGAUCCGGAGCAUGAGGCCAUGGAGAGCUUCGAAGAUUGGGUGAAAGGUCAGUCAAAGCAGACGUAA